CUGAGCGCGACUGGCCGGGCCUCCGGGAGCUGAGAGGCGGCAGCACCCGCGCCCGCAGCCUCGUCAGCCGCUCGCCUGCCGCGGAGGGGACGUGCCGGGGCGAGGGCCCCCGGGCAACUGCUUCCGAGGCGGGAGGACCACAUCGACGUCGCGGCUUCUGUGCAGCGGGCUCUCGGGGGCCGGGGCUGCCCGGCCCGGCCGGUUCUGCGGGCGCCCGGGAGGCCCCCGGGGAGCCCGCGAAGCCAGGCCGCUGCGAGGCGUUGAUGAAGAAGGAUGACAGUGAAGUUGGGUGACGGCGGCGGCGGCGGCGGGGAGGACGGGCUCAAGCGGCUGGGCAAGCGGUCGGCCGAGGAGGACUCGCUGGAGGGCGAGGGGCCCGGCGGCGGGGACGCGGCCGAGGAGAGCGGCGGCACAAAGAGGGACGCCAGGACCCCCCGGGACGGCGGCGACGGCCCCCCUGCGCCCGCAGGCGGCCCGCAGGCCCCGUCCCCGCCGCCCGCCUGCCCGCAGGACCAGCACCACUUCCUCCGGUCCAGCGUCAGGCCGCAGAGCAAGAGGCUCAGGAAGGACUCGUCGUGCGCCGGGGGGAGCGGCGGCGCCGGCGGCUCGGGGCCGCGAGGAAAAGGAGCCGACGGUGGCGGAUCGUCGUCUGGAAAUGGGUCUGGGGCCGCCCCUGCCGCCCCUGCCGCCCCUGCCGGGGGCUCCCGCUCCUCUUCCCGGAACUUGGGGUCAUCAGGCGGUGAGAAGGAAGAAGGCAAGAAGGCCCGGCGGCAGUGGGAGUCGUGGAGCACAGAGGACAAGAACACCUUCUUCGAGGGGCUGUACGAGCACGGGAAAGACUUUGAAGCCAUCCAGAACAACAUCGCCCUCAAGUACAAGAAGAAAGGGAAGCCCGCGAGCAUGGUGAAGAACAAAGAGCAGGUCCGCCACUUCUACUACCGCACGUGGCACAAGAUCACCAAGUACAUUGACUUUGAUAACGUGUUCUCCCGUGGGCUGAAGAAGUCGUCCCAGGAGCUGUAUGGUCUGAUCUGCUAUGGCGAGCUGCGGAAGAAGGUUGGGGGCUGUAUGGACGACAAGAAUGCCACGAAGCUGAACGAGCUCAUCCAGGCGGGGGCCACCACCGUGCGCUACAAAGGGAGAAACCUGCGGAUCAAAGCGCCCAUGUGCCGAGCUCUGAAGAAGCUGUGUGACCCGGAUGGCUUGAGUGACGACGAGGACCAGAAGCCGGUGCGCCUGCCCCUGAAAGUCCCUGUGGAGCUGCAGCCGAGGAACAACCACGCCUGGGCCCGCGUGCAGAGCCUGGCUCAGAACCCGAGGCUCAGGAUGAUCGUGGAGCUCCACCGGAAGGUCUCCAGCCUCAUCGAAUUCUUAAAACAGAAGUGGGCGCUCCACGAAGUGCGGAUCCGGAAGACGCUGGAGGACCGGCAGCUGCAGCACUCGCUCGCGGCGCCCGCGCAGGAGAAGGUGGCCCUGCACCUGUUCCCCGGAGAGAGCUGCACGCUGACACCGCUCCCGGGCGUGGCCCGCGUGGUGCACUCCAAAGCGUUCUGCACGGUGCACUGGCAGGAGGGCGGCCGGUGCAGGCAGAGCGCCAGGGACACCCACACGUUGCCUCCAGCGCAGAUCCUGGGCAUCCAGAGCGGCCAGGGCACGGCCAGGGGCCAGGUGAAGUGUCCACGGGGUGGCGCCGAGGGCAAGGGCCCCGGACGUCCCCCUCCGUCCACCGACGCCUCGCAGAGCUCCGGAGAGAGUUCCCCUGAAAGUGCCCCUGGGGAGGGGGCCGCCCCAAGCCUCGGUGGUCUAGACGCUCCUGACAGGCUCCAGGAUGCGGGGGCGCGGCUCGAGAAGACCCCCACGGCUGCUCCUGCAGAUGGCCCCGCCCGAGAGCCCGGGGACGUGCCGUGCACCUGCGGCCAGCUCCCAGAGCUGGAGGAGGAGCUCUCCCUCCUUGACCCCUUCCCCCGCUACAUGAAGUCCUGUCAGGACCUCAUCAUCCCCGAGCAGUGCCGAUGCGCGGACUCGCGGCCCCCGGGGUGCCCCUCCCCAGAGACUCGUGGUCCUGGCAGCGCGGAGGCGGCUGACCUUGCCCGGGCCGGGGCCCCAUCCCCCGUCCGGGCCCCACCGGGUCCAGAGCUUCAGUCCAGUCCCGGGCUCCAGCCAGAUGUUUGCACUAAAGACUUGGCAGACGCACCCGCGGAGGAGCCCCAGGACAAGGGGAGCCCCCUGGAACCCCUGCCUCAGGGACAGCCUGCCGCCAAGCCUCCGAAGGACGUCCCUGCCAGCCGGCUCGCCCAGCAGCUCCGUGAGGAGGGCUGGAACCUGCAGACCUCCGAAAGCCUUACGCUGGCCGAAGUCUACCUCAUGAUGGGCAAGCCGAACAAGCUGCAGCUGGAGUACGACUGGCUGGCCGUGCUGGGCCCCGAGGGCCAGGCCCCCGGCGGGCAGGCGCAGGGCCCCCGCGGCGGCUCCCCGCCCCCCACCUUCCACAAGCAGCGCCUGCUCAGCUGCCUCCUGAAGCUCAUCUCCACCGAGGUCAACCCCAGGCUGGCUCCAGAAGGGAACGUCAGCUCCACGGCCUCUGCGAGGCCCGCCCAGGAGGAGCAGUCCGCGACCCCGCCAGGGAAGGUGGUGACCGUCAGCUCCCGGAGCCCGCGCUGCCCGCGUAGCCAGUCCGCCCUGCGCAACAGCAAGGCCUUCUCUCCGAGCUCCGCGUCCUGCUCCUCAGGUCUGAGAAACCCGCCGAGACCCCUGUUGGUGGCUGGCCCCUCCAGCACAGGCAGCAGUGACUCAGACGGUGGCCUUUUCGCUGUCCCCACUACUUUGCCGCCCAACAGCCGACACGGGAAGCUCUACUCUCCCAGUAAGGAGACAGAACUGACUUUCCGUCAGCACCUGAACUCCAUCAGCAUGCAGUCGGAUUUCUUCCUGCCGAAGCCCAGGAAGUUGCGGAACCGGCACCUGCGGAAGCCAUUGGUGGUCCAGAGAACACUUCUUCCUCGACCAUCUGAAAACCAGUCCCACAACGUCUGUUCCUUUUCCAUCCUGUCCAAUUCUUCCAUAACUGGCAGAGGCUCGUUCCGGCCCAUCCAGUCCUCCCUGACCAAAGCGGCCCUGUCUCGGCCGAUUGUGCCCAAGGCCCUUCCACCCCAGGCCCCGGGCCAUCUGGCCAGUGCUAUCGACUUGGCAGCUAAAAGUGCCGGCAUCAUCCCCGGGAGCCCCCUGCCUGUCUUGGACACUGAGGGCUUGUCUGGCAUCUCCCCGCUCUCUUCGGACGAGGUGACCGCUACCGUCCCGGGUCAGGACUCCACCGGCACCCACCAGAACGGAGACCCCAUCCCUGCCGUGGGGGGCGCCAGCGGCCCGUUCGUCAGCGUUCCCUCGAGGUCUGAGCAGGAGCCAGUGACGGACAGUUUCCAGGGCUCACCCGUUCUCUCCUUAUCUGAGCUGGCCAAGGCUCCCCUCCACAACGGGCUCCCCACACCCGUGCCCGCGCCGGAGGGCUCCAGCAGCCGCCUGUCCCCGCCCAACGUCUCCGCAUUGCUGGACAUCUCCCUGCCCGGCCCGCCUGAGGACGUGCUCUCGCAGGGCGAGCCCGCCACGCACAUCAGCGACUCCAUCAUCGAGAUCGCCAUCAGCUCCGGCCAGUAUGGUGAGGGAGUCCCUCUUUCUCCAGCGAAGCUGAAUGGCAGUGACAGUUCCAAGAGCCUUCCGUCCCCAUCCAGCAGCCCCCAGCCGGACUGGAUCGCCUCCCCCACCCACGACCCCCAGUGGUGCCCCAGCGAUCCCACAGACUCAUCGCUCAGCAGCUUGUUUGCGAGCUUCAUCUCCCCAGAGAAGAGCCGGAAGAUGCUGCCGACCCCCACGGGGCCCCCCAGCGGCACCUCUCUGCUGGGCCCCAGCUUGCUGGAUGGCAACUCGAGAGACUCCUUCGUGUCCAGGUCACUGGCUGACGUCGCUGAGGUUGUGGAUUCCCAGCUGGUGUGCAUGAUGAAUGAAAACAGCAUCGAUUACAUAUCUCGAUUCAAUGAUUUGGCCCAAGAGCUAGCCAUCGCCGACCCCAGCCGCCGAGAGGUCCUGUUUGAUGGCAGUGGAGGUGGGCCCCCCGUCGGUGACCUGUCCCAGUGACCACACCUCGUCACUGGCAGGGCAUCCUGGAGGCUGCAGAGGAGGGCUCACGUGGCUGGUGGUCCUCAACUGUGGUAGGUGUAGCCCUCUUCAGGCUAGAGAAAACACAAAUCAAGCCCAGGCCCUCCAGAGGACGGUCCGAACAGA